CUCUCUCUCUCUCUCUCUCUCUCUAUCUUUAUCCCCCUCUCCAAAACGUUACCUAUUACUAUCAAUCAUGGCGCACAAGACCUCUGCGGUGGCCGAUGAGCCUAUUCAAGUGCUCUUCGCCCUUCAAGACAAGUUUGACUUGUUGGACUUUGCAGGCACCCUUGAGGUCCUCGACUGGGCUCGCCACGAUAAAAACGAUGAAAAUACCAAAGCCUUCGAUUGCACAAUUGUUGCCGCUGAGCCUAAGGUCUUGUCACAACAGGGUGUUAUCAUUGGCGCCCAGAUCAACUUCAAGGAGGCCCAUGAACGCCUUGAUGAUUUUGAUAUUCUCAUCGUGGUGGGCAGCGUCGAUAGCAGCGCUAUCCUGAAAGAGCACUCUGAACCCAUACCCAUCAUCGAGGCUUUCGCCGAACUUCAGAGGAAAGAUUAUACUCGAGAGCGCACACUGAUGUCUGUCUGCACCGGGUCCCUCUUCCUAGCUGAGGCAGGCAUCUUGGCAGGCUUGUCUGCCACUACUCACACAGACUACUUGACCAAGUUCGAAAUCGUCUGCAGCAAUGCGGCACAGCGUGACCUGCAAGAGCGAACCGACGUCGUAGAAGACGCCCGAUAUGUCGUGAACAACCUUCGCUUUGACCUCGGAGACGAGGAUGAGAACCCCUAUAUCCGUCGCAAGUCGGACGCUGGAAGACGCCCAUCUGUAGCUCGAAAGGGAAGCGUGUCAUACAAGGGCUCGAAUGGACGCCGUGAGUCCAUUGCGCGCCGAGCCGCGAUGCGUCUUGGGGGGCUUCGGGUCAUCACGGCGGGGGGGAUAUCUGCUGGCAUAGAUGCAGCUCUGUAUCUAGUCAGCAUUUUGGUCGAUGAAGAUACCGCGAACGAAGUCGCCCGAUUCAUGCAGCAUGAAUGGGUUAAGGGUAUCGUUGUUGACGGUAUUGAUGUUUAGGCACCUAAGAGAUAAGAGCCUGGGAUGGAGGGGCCACUGCAUAUGUGAAUGUGUCAAAAUCUUGCUGGGCACAUAACGAAAGAAGUAAAAUUAAUUUAUUAAAAAAAAAAAAAAAAGAAGCUUCAAAUUCCUAUUAUCGUCAUUCCGAAUUCAAUGCUUUUUUCUAAGUACUCAUCUCCGUGAUCUUGAAGUUUAACCUGGAGAUCUAUACAAUUACCUAAGUAUUC